CGGGCUCCAAGGCGCCGGGGCAGGGAAUGCGGGGCACAAUGGUGAGCAGCCCGGGGCUGCUGCUUCUUGCCCCUCGGCAGGGCCGGGCUCCGAGCCGCAGCUGCCCCGGGCCAGCAGCAGGCGGCAGCUCGCAGGCGCUGUCAGCGCCCGGCCCGGCACGGAGCUGGGCUGCAGCGGCUGCAGAGCCACAGGGGCCGGGGCUGCGGGCACCGAGAGCUCCCGGAGGCUGCGCUUGUCUCCGCAGCUGCUGCCGCACCUCUGGGCAGCGGGGACAGCGCAGCCACAGCUGCCACCGCCCUCCUGAGCCCCCAGCGCCGGCACCAGCAGUGACCUCUCCCCGUGUCCCUUUCAGGGUGCCAUCAGCGCGGCUGUGAAGCUGUUCCCGAGGCCGAGCUCCCAAAGGAUCUGCCCGCACUCCUGAUGUGUCAGGAGGAAGGUGCUGUUUGCUCUGGGCAGAGAGAUUCCGGCUGUGAGCAGGAGGAGCGUGAACCCUGCUCCGUUCCUGGAGCUGCAAAUGAGCGCCUACAGGAGCGAUCAGCAACAGGGAGUAGACAUAGAAGAUUCCUGGGUGAAUGGUUCAGGGGCCAUCCCGUGGGCACGGCGGUGCUGAUUCUGCUGCUCCUGGUGCUGGUGCUGGCUUUGGGGGUGGCCUUGGCUGUGCUGGCAGCACCACAGUUUCCAGUCACAGCUGCCCCCUCACAGUGUGUUCUGUGCUGUCCCCAUGACUGGGUUGGCUACAAGGGGGUCUGCUACUACUUCUCACGGGAUUGCAGCACCUGGGAGCAGGGUCAGGAACAGUGCUCCGAGCUCGGGGCCUCCCUGGCCAUUGCCAAGGAUGAGGAGGCCAUGGAUUUGCUCUUCCGCCUCCGUGGGAACGUUGAUUUCUGGCUCGGGCUGCGCAGACGGGGCGAGCGCCUGCACUGGGGGGACGGCAGCAGCUACAGCUCCCGGGUUCCUGUCUUUGACAAUUCCUCCUGUGUGUACCUGGCUGAUGAGAGAUUGAGGAGUGACAACUGCUCCAAUGAGCGGCCGUAUCUCUGCAGCAAGGCCCCAGCUCCCCUGUAACAGGGGCUGCAGAAAGGACCUUCUCCACACUGGGCAGUGCCAGCUUCACCUCUGAGCCCAGCACAGCGCUGUCCUUCCUCAGCUGCAGCCUGUGCCUUGCCCUUCCUCUCAGGGUCACCUCAGUGCCUCUUCAUGCCCAGUGCCAACGCUGGGCUGGGGCUGCAAAGGAAAAGUCUCUGCAAUCCAUCCUGCCACCGCUGCUGCCUGCAGGGAGUGCAUUGCCCUCAUUAUAUGUGGGAAACAUGAGUCACUAUUUACACUUUUUAUGAAAGUUAAUUAAGGGUUAAAGUCCUGCCCUGGGAUGCUUCUGCUUGCAUAGACAAACUAUGUUUUCUAUAUACUGUUACAUAUUAGAGCUACAUGCAUAUUUAUACAAGUUUUUAAGAAUUCAAAGCUAACUUUCAAUUUUUGUACUGUUUUGGUUUUUUUUAACUUUUGUCUUGUCUUCAAGCGAUUUUGUACCUUAAACUAGUAUAUUCCAUGGUUUCUUGUGAUUCUAUUAUUUUGUAUUUUCACUCCCUGAA